AUGCAAAUGAACGAGUUCUCUUACCAGAACGAAUUGCCCAUGGAUUCGACAUCAUGGACGCGACAACAUCCGAGGGCGUGCGAGAUGUGCCACAGAAAAAAGAUCAAAUGUGAAACAGAAGGGUCUAGUCCAAUUUGCGUGCAAUGUAUGCGCCGUAAUACCCGCUGUGUCUUUCCGGUGCGCCAUGAGAAGCGGGAGGAUCCACAAAGUACUGACGAGUACGUCAAGUCUUUGAAAGCCCGUCUUGUCAAGGUUGAGUCGCUGUUGAGGACGGCGGGCAUUCUGCAGGAGGGCGAUAUAAGCCCCGACGACUUUAAUGAUGAUGAUCUUGAUGACGACGGUCAAGACAGCCCAUCUACUUCGAGCCAACAGUCAAGGGCUCUCAGGUCCCUUUGUUCAAAUAAACCAGAUCUUGAGGGGACGCCCAUAUUCAGAGUGGACCAACGAGACGAUUCUCGAUAUUUUGGGAAAUCAAGCUCAAUGUCAAUUCUGUCAAGGGCCGGGAUCGAGUGGAUCAAGAGCAAGACAGGCGAGGUCGGCUUCUUGAAAAUUGUGUCGCCUGAAUCCAUCCAUGAGAACCCUUGGAACCAGUGGCGACCAGAUGUGUUUCACGAUCUUUUUGCCUCGCAGGUUUUCAAGCCCUUGCCCUCAAGGGCGGAGGUAUUCUCUCUCAUGAAGGAUUUCUUUCGGACGGCCAACCGUCUGUUCCCCAUCUACCUUGAGUCAUCAUUCAUGAAGAUGGUCGAGUGGCAAUAUACGCAGCAGACCUGCGAUGAUGCUGCCCGUUGGGCCAACAUCAACAUGGUAAUCUGUCUGGCAUACGAAUAUCGAUAUUCAAACAGCUCCAAGUUGGAAAAGGACAAGGAGAAGGCUGCGCUGUACUUCAAAAAUGCCAUGUCGGUCUUUACGGAACUAGCCUUAAAGCGCACCGACCUGCUGAGUAUACAGGCUUUGCUUAGCAUGGCGUUCUUCCUUCGAGGCAAUUCUGGCACGCAGUCAGCUCUGCCCCUCAUCACUGCCGCUAUGCGAUCUGCUCACCGAAUGGGGCUUCAUCGAGACAUCGCAAGGCCGGGGCUUAGCCCAGCUGAACAAGAAGAAAGACGGCGUGUCUUUUGGGUUGCAUUUGUCAUUGACCAAAGUACAUGCUUAAGGAUUGGAAAUGCCCCAUCGCAACAUCAAGAUGACUUUGACGUCCCUCUUCCCCAAGAAUUGGAAAACGACAGGCAUGGUGAUGCUGCCAACAACAUUCCCUUCUUCCGCCAGCUUUGUCGUAUGGCGCUCAUCAAGAGCCGUAUCUACAGUCGCUUGUACUCUGCCAAGGCUUUGCUGAGGCCUCCUGUCGAAAUAUACAAAACGGUCGAGGAACUACAUGCCGAGCUUGAAGAAUGGAAGCGUGACUCCCCGAAUCUCAGUGAACCGAAGAUGAAAUCUGCCGAAAAUGACAAUCUGCUUGGCUUUGCCUCAAUCGGUCUGCACUUCGUCUACCACAACGCUAUGAUCAUGAUUCACCGGGUACCGCUCUUCCUGAACUACAUAAUAACAGCCAGGGAAGACUCCGAGAAGCUCAAGUCAGUCAGCAAAGCACAUGCCUCUCGAUCAGCAGCUAUCGGCGCCCAGGCUGCUCGGGAGACCUUGAAGAUCGUCAAUAAUAUGCCAUGGGGAGAUAUCGCAUGGACCUGGUCCCUACUAUACUACGUAUUCCUAGCAGCAUCAACACUAUUCUCAAGUAUACUCCGAGACACACGCCACGCAAGGGUGCGAGCAGACCUGCAAUCCCUAAACAUCGCCUCCACAUUCUUCGCAACCCUAAAACCAGGCGACGGACCCAACAACUACGCCGGAGUCAUGACCCGCAUGUCCUCGACCCUCGAACGCAUCGCCCGAGUCGCAGUCGAGAAAGACGAAAAGCGAGCCCGCGUCCCAGACGAAGCAGACCAAGAACACAAACCCCGCACUAAAAGACGCACCUCCUCCCGAUCCUCACACCCAACCCAACACCGUCAACGUCAACCCACACCCCUCCGCACAGCAAUGACCCCCGACACAGUACCCCGACACCGAUCACCAACUACCCCCACCCCAAACGGACUAGACACCAGUAUCCCCGAUACCCUGGACGGCCUGCCGCCAGUCAAUUCCUCCGGCUACGUGGUUCCCAUCAGCCCAAUCCCAAGUAGCACCGAACCCGGACCGCAACCGCAACCCUCAUAUCUCCCUAAUCAACCCAACACCUACGCUCCCACAACCACAAACACAAAUCCAAGCAGCACAUACAUGGAUGAAACAGGCAACACCUUCCCCUGGCCCCUCUCCCAGGACUUCCCAGCAUCCCAACCCCACUCAACAUCAACACCAACAACCCUAAACGCAACCCACUCCCCAGACUCAUUCAGCAGCAACGCAGUCCCCGAAUUCUUCCAGAUGCCCAUGGCCGGCGACUGGGAUUACGGAAGCAAUCUAUUCGCCGGACUGUUCCCGACAGAAUACAGCUUCCCGCAUGCACAUCCGGACGGAUCUCAACCUGCCGAUGCGUACCCGUCAAUGCCAAUUCUGUCUGCUGAGUCUUACAUCCACGGAGCGCCGGCCGUAGAGGGUCAUGCGCAGGGUGGGUUUGAUGCUACGGGGUUGGGAUAUGAGUAUAUACCGCAAGGUCAGGAGGAGACGAAUCAGGGUGCUGAUACGGUUUGGCCUAAUGGGUUCUUGGGGUUGUUUUAG